AUGCUCCACGUCCCUCCCAGCUGCUCGGCAGGGAGGGGAUUGCACCCUCAUUUCUGCGCUUUCCUGGCGGUGCGGCUCACACGGGAGGCAUGGCACGCUGCUCAGCCUUCGCAAACUGCUCCGCAACAUCUUCAGGAGAAUUACAAAAAAAAAAAGGGCAGCAAAGGGGAGAGAGAGGAGCCUUGCAGAUGGAAAAAGGGAGAAUUAAGCAGCUGAAAAAUGCCGGUGAUGCUGCGUGCGUUUGGAGGGGAUAACUAAUGAGCCUCCGAAAGGUCACGGUUUUGCUCAUGGUUAACCUUCAGCAAGCUGUUACGUAGGCAGGGCAUGGGCUGUGCUGGUAUAAAAUGAAUCCGUCUCCUCUUCUCUUCCAGGAGAGAGGCUGAGACCUGCUGAGGGAUAACGGGGCUGCGCAGCACAGGAGCUCCUCGUCGGGCUGUAACGAUCAGGCGGCGCUCGGCUCCGCCGGGGAAGGACGCACAAGGGGAAGGUGCUGGGAGUGCAGACGUGGAAACUCGCUGCUCUGAAGGCCGCCAACAAACUGAGUUUUCGGUCUGCGGAACAUUUGCUGCCCUCGGGAUUUCUGUGUGCCAAGGAUGGGGUCUGCCUGUCGCGGAGAGGGAGCGACGAGGAGGGCGAAGCUUUGCUGACGGCUGGGGGGCCCGGACGGUGCCUGGAUGCGCUUCGCUGGUGGGGAAAGCACUGCCAGGACUUGUGGGCAGGGAGGGUUUGGGGCAGCGGAGGGGCCAUGGGGCUGCUCUGGGCUCUGCCCCGCAGCGGGGCCGGCCGGCUGCCCCGGCACUGAGACGUCAGGGGCGUGGGGCUGGGCAUCCUCCUGUGCCACCAGCCCCGCGCUUCGGCGCCGUCUCCAGGAUACCGGGGAAGGGAGACGAGGCAGGGGCUGAAAAAUGUAGCAGUGCUGAUCUUCUAGUCUCAAGAAAAAGAACUUUCCUGUUUUGCUAGAGAUCGCUGGGCUGUGUUUCUCCACGCUGCUUGCGAAGUCUCUUCCAGCCCUUGAUUGCUCACCCAGCUCAGAACAUUUUCUUUCUCUGUGUGUGUGUGCAUGUGUGUGUGUGCGUGUGUGUGCUCAGAUUUACUUUCACUCUGUGUCACCUCAGAAGUGAUGGGCUCCGAGCGAGACCACCCCCCCUGCCAGCCCCUGUAAGUGACGAUGAGGGGCUUGAUUUCCAACCGCGUUCCUGACCUGGAAGCUCUGAGACUCUCCCGGCUCUCCGAGUGACGAGGGAGAGGAAGCCGACAUGGCAGAGAAGUGCGACUGCAUCGCCAGCAUGUACGGGUACGACCUGGGCUGCCGCUUCGUGAAUUUCCGCCCCCUGGGCUUCGGGGCCAACGGGCUGGUGCUGUCGGCCCUGGACAGCAAGAGCUGCCGCAAAGUGGCGGUGAAGAAGAUCACGAUCGGCGACGCGCGGAGCAUGAAGCACGCCUUCCGCGAGAUCAAGAUCAUCCGCCGCCUGGACCACGAGAACAUCGUCAAGGUCUACGAGGUGCUGGGGCCCAAGGGCGCCAACCUGCGCGGCGACUUCUUCAAGUUCAACGUGGUGUACAUCGUGCAGGAGUACAUGGAGACCGACCUGGCGCGCCUGCUGGAGCAGGGCAAGCUGGCCGAGGAGCACGCCAAGCUCUUCAUGUACCAGCUGCUGCGCGGGCUCAAGUACAUCCACUCGGCCAACGUCCUGCACCGCGACCUCAAGCCGGCCAACAUCUUCAUCAGCACGGAGGACCUGGUGCUGAAGAUCGGCGACUUCGGGCUGGCCCGGAUCGUGGACCAGCACUACUCACACAAGGGUUACCUCUCAGAAGGCUUAGUGACCAAGUGGUAUCGCUCCCCUCGCCUCCUGCUCUCGCCCAACAACUACACCAAAGCCAUCGACAUGUGGGCGGCCGGCUGCAUCCUGGCCGAGAUGCUGACGGGAAGGAUGCUCUUUGCUGGGGGCCACGAGCUGGAGCAGAUGCAGCUUAUCCUGGAGACAAUCCCCGUCAUCCACCAGGAGGACAAAGAGGAGCUGCUCAAGGUGAUGCCCAUGUUCAUCAACAGCACGUGGGAAGUGAGGAAGCCGCUGAGGAAGCUGCUGCCCGAGGUGGACAGUGAAGCGAUUGAUUUUCUGGAGAAAAUACUGACCUUUAACCCCAUGGAUCGAUUAACGGCCGAGAUGGGGCUGCAGCACCCCUACAUGAGUCAGUACUCGUGCCCCGAGGACGAGCCCGUGUCCCAGCACCCGUUCCGGAUCGAGGACGAGAUUGAUGACAUCCUGCUGAUGGAAGCCAACCAGAGCCAGAUGUCCAACUGGGACAGGUACCACAUAAGCCUCUCCUCCGAUUUGGACUGGAGACACGACAAGCACCACGACAUGGACGAGGUCCAGCGGGACCCCCGGGCAGGGUCGGAAUCCACGGCUGAGGAAGCGCAGGUCGACCCACGGAAAUACUCACAGAGCAGCUCGGAGAGGUUCCUGGAGCUGUCCCACUCGUCCAUGGACCGAGUGUUUGAUGCAGACUGUGGGAAGUCGUGUGAUUACAAGGUGGGGUCGCCUUCCUACUUGGACAAACUGCUGUGGAGGGACAGUAAACCCCAUCACUACUCGGAGCCCAAGCUAAUCCUAGACUUAUCCCACUGGAAAAGAGCAACCAUAGCACCCGCAGCUGAGCUGUCGCUGGAAGAAGAACCCUCCAACCUCUUCCUGGAGAUUGCCCAGUGGGUGAAGAGCACUCAGGCGGGGCUGGAGUGUCCCAGCUCUCUCCCCGAGAUCCAGGAGCGGAGCCUGCCGUCCUCUCCUCGCCGCCUGCACCAGGAGCCCGCCGAGGUGAGCAGGGAGGCGGACCCCGAGUUCAACCUGGACGUCUUCAUCUCCAGGGCGCUGAAGCUUUGCACGAAGCCCGAGGAUCUUCCAGACAACAAGCUCAACGAGAUCAACGGGGCCUGCAUCUCUGAGCACCCCGGGGAGAUGGUGCAGACGGAGGUGUACCAGAAGGAGCGGUGGUGAGGGGGGGAGCCCCGCUGCACCUCCCUCUCCCCCCAGGGUGGUGUGGCCCCUUCCCCAGGGCUGAGUGGCUUCCCCACUGUCAUUGAGCAUCCGCUUUUCACGCUGUACCAAAUGCCUUUCUCGGAAAAGGCGAGCACAAACCGCAUUAUUGCCCCUCUUGACGCCUUCCAGGGCAGUCAGGAGGCGUGAAUGAAAUACUGAGUUUCUUAUACUGCCUUAACACUCUUGCCUUGCGAUCUCUGGGACCUGUUUGAAACUUAAAGUGUACAAGGGGGAAAAAAAAAAAAAAUGACAGUACGUGGUAGGUUUACAAACAGAAGUCAAAUCAGCUCCUUUACCUUUUUUUUUUUCUAUAGCAACUUUAAAAUGACGAGGACAAAGGUCUUCAGUGUGGUCAGGUACCAUCGUGGUUUGACGGGUUCCCAAAACAACGAACUUUGAGCUCCUCUGAGGCACCUGUGUGAGCACAGGUACGGAGAGAGAAGUGGUGCCAGGCAGCGUCUGUGGCCGGCUGCCGGUCAGCAGAGAGUGGAGCUAGGGGUAGAGUUUGGCCGUCAGACAGAAAGUAACUCCUGGAGAACGUUAACGGGGGAGAAAUUUGACCUACAAAAAAUAUGGGCCGCUUGGGGGUUUGUUUUAUUUUUUUUUUUUUCUGACAGGAAGGCAGAAUUUCUGCUAGGCGCGUUCUCCUGGUUUGGUUUCUCACGCCUGAAUUUCUUCCCUUGUGUCUCACGGGGCAGAGCUGAGCUCUCCAAGCGCUUGGGAGGCCCCAUAGGAUGCAUUUCAGCGUAACAACCUGGUGCUGUGAGUCCUGCCUCAGGCACCUGCCCAGCAGGCCAGCAAAUCCCAGUGGAAAGGGCUGGACAGGAGCUGGGAGCCACAAACAGGGUGUCCCACCGCGUGAUGCUGCCUGGCACCACCAGCUACACACACGCAGCGAGGGCACCCCACCUUUCCUGUUAAAAAACGAGUUGAAGUACUACUGUUUUACCUUCUGACAAAGACCCUGUGAAGGAAAAACCAGUUCCUGUGGCGUUAGAGUCGUAACUGGCUUCUUUGGGAGAUGCUGGUGUCAGCAGGCAACUGGGCGUGGUGUGUAAAUAGACAAAAAGACACAGCUGAUCUACUGUAACUUCUGUUUUCAUCCACACUUCUGAGCACCUUAACUACUAAUCAGCUAACAAGAGUUUGUAAACGGAAGAAAUGUUCUAUACUUACAUUUAACCAAACUCGGCGGUUUUUUUAAGACGGAAAAUCUGUAAAUAGUGUGAUAAAAGCCAGUCUCUGCUUUCCUUGCUGCUGUGCUGCCGUGCUGCACAGCCCAGUGGCACCACACUUCCAUUUGUGAAAGAGGAACUACUGUGCUUAGGAACUCCAAGGUCCAUAUUUAACUAUCCCUGUACAAAUUACUUCCACCCUCUUAGCAAGUAAUCUGCUAAAUAACUCUUGAGGUGUGAAGAGGACUGGUGUGAGAUCAGACAACUAACUGCAGCGUUUGCUGUAUUAACCCUGCUUGCUCUUCUUGGUGGGAUCAGGUGCAGGCUUAGCUGCAGGAGAGCUCGUGUUAGGCGUUGACAAGCCCCAAAGCAUCUUCCUGCUGUGGAGGCCUCACCUUGUGGGGUGAUGAAAAUGCUGAUUGGCAGCAUGGGUGUGAAGGCUGCCAGCUGCGUGGAUGGGAUGGGGUGGAAGUCCUGGGAAACGGGUGGAGGAGGCAUUUGGGAGGCAAAGCAGUUUGCCCCUGGUCUUUGCUUUGGGCGUUCGGACGCCCCCCGGAGCGGUUUGGAGAGGGGAGGUGAAGGAGAAACGGAGGGUUGGUUCUCAGUGCGUCUCGGAUUAUUGAUAUACCUCAGCUAAAGCUCAGCACUUUUCACUGGUGGCGGGAGAAAUUCAGGCACCGGGAAGCAUCGACCGCUGCCCCGCUGGAGCGGAUCCCAGCGCAGCCCCGGCCGCCCACAGCUCACACCCAGCAGCAGCCAGCGAGGGCUGGGAGCGGGGCUGCUGGGCUCCAGGGAGCGUGUGCCGAGAGAGGAGGAGCUGGCAGCAGAUGGGUCGUGCCCCAUCCCUCCCUGGUGGCACCCCGGAGAGGAGCUGACGAUCCCAUCCUCGUGGGAGAGCCGGACAUCCAGGAGCCACAGGCGGGGUUCGAACUUGAGGGUUGAGAUCAGCAGGGGGUGAGAGCUGGCUUUUGGGAACUCCCUUCUGGCAGGCCGGACACCUGUUUGCUGCCGUGGGGCUGAGCACGGAGAGGCGCCGGCAUGAGGAGCCGCCAGCGCCCGAACCACGCCGGCGUUUCCCGCGUCCUCUGAAACCAGAAGCCAUUUUCCACGGGUUGCUGCGCCUUCGCCGGGGGCCUCCGGGGCUGUUUAUCGUGGCCAUGAAAGAAACAGUUUCGCUCUUGAACACUGUCUUGAGGGCCCACAGCUGAAGUGUAACAUUAACUUCGCGGGAAGCGGGCGGAGCGUGUUGCCGCCGCUCCGGGUUUUCCGCGUCGCUUCGUGAACUGUUAUUUAAUGUUGUUCUAAAACCUCAGCGUCACACGCUGGGAAAAAGGGGAUAAGAGAGAUGGCUUUAAUUUGUUGCCUGAGUGUGCUCAGCUACCACAAGCCAGAUCUUCGUUUUUCAUCUGUAACAAUAAAACGUAAGGCCUGAGCCUUC